AUGUUUCUAUUCAGUACAGUACUAAUAUUCUUAACAUCUACAGUAGUAGGAUUAGAGGAAAAACUUAACACUACCACCACAGCUUUGGCAAAUGUAGGAGAUGCUCAUAUCCGACAAAAACGCCAAUUCGGAUUUGGCGGUGGCUUCGGAUUCGGUGGCGGUUUCGGCGGCGGAUUUGGAUUUGGAGGUGGUGGCUGCUGUGUCACCACAAUGAUUUGCUGCCAGAUGCCUAUUCCACCACCAAUUCCACCACCAAUACCAGUACCCAUACCUGCCCCGGUACCUGUUCCUCAGCCAGUUCCGCAACCUGUUCCAGUUCCAAUGCCGAUGCCGAUGCCGAUGCCGAUGCCAGUGCCUGUGCCAGUUCCUGUACAAAACAACUGCUGUAGCUGCUGUAUGCCGGUUUGUAUGCCGGUUUGCAUGAGAGGGUACCGACUAAAAAAAGAACAUUUGUAUUUGCUAAGUGGUUUUGUCAUUUCAGAGGUUGUGGUGGAUACGGAGGUGGUUAUAGUUCUAGUUACGUUUCCGGUGGAUGUUAUAGUGGCGGAGGAUCGUCGUGUGGCUGUGGAGGAGGUUUCGGUUACGGUAGGAGAAAGCGAGAAACAUUGUUGA